AUGAGUUUACAGGCAAUUCCCAACACCGACCAUCACACCCGCGAGGCUGAUGAAAAGAUAGCGGUUGGUCCCUCGCCUAGCGAGUCCAUCAGCCUUGCUCAUGAUGGGUCCGAUCUACCAGAGGAAGAUGCCGGCGGUGCUGUGGGCAAAAGGAUGAGCAACCUCCGCUGGUUUGCGGUAUGCGUCGGGCUAUAUCUGACCGCAUUUCUCUACGGACUGGACUCUACGAUUGCUGCCGACGUUCAAGGGCCCAUUCUGGCUUCUCUCGGGGAGCUCCGUCUGCUCCCCUGGGUUGGGACUGGGUUCUUACUGGGCUCAGUGGCCACUGUCUCGCUCUUCGGCUCGCUGUACACCAAGAUAGAGGUCAAAUGGUUGUACCUGGGCAGCAUUCUGACCUUCGAAGUCGGCAGCGCAAUCUGUGGCGCCGCCCCUAACAUGCAGGCCAUGGUUGUUGGCCGAGUGGUGGCCGGAGUCGGUGGCUCCGGUGUCUAUCUGGGAGGUAUUAGUUACAUUUCCGUCUUUGUGUCCGCAGCCAGGCGGCCGAUCUACACUGCCUUGAUUAGCACAUUCUGGGGUCUAGGAGCCAUCCUCGGGCCUGUUAUCGGUGGAGCGUUCGCACAAAGUCCAGCAACGUGGCGGUGGGCCUUCUAUAUUAAUCUCGUCCUCGGCGGGGUGACUGCUCCCAUUUACAUCUUCUGCCUUCCUCGCCACGGCACGCAUCGCCACGAAAGGAUUAUUCCACGCAUCCGGAACCUCGACUGGCUCGGUGCAUUACUCAACGCUGCAACGUACACUCUCUUCAUCAUCUCGUGUACGUACAGUGGCUCCGCAUGGCCUUGGGACUCGGGCUCAAUCAUCGCUCUCUGGGCCAUGACUGGGGUCACCAUCGUACUCUUUGCACUCCAGCAGUGGACAGCAUUCUUGACGACCAAGGACGGUCGCAUCUAUCCAGUCUGGUGCCUGAAGAGCAAGUCAUUGGUACUGUUGUACAUUGCGACUGCCGGGAGCAGUGCUGUUCUACAGUGCAACAUCUACUACAUUCCUCUUUUCUUCGAAUUCACCAAGGGGGAUGACGCCAUCUCCGUCUCGGCUCGACUCUUGCCCUUCAUCUUCCUCAUGAUAUUUAGCUCCCUUUUCAGCGGAACGCUCCUGCCGAGAUUCAACGUGUACGCGAUUUGGUACGUUGUGUCGGGCAUAGUAGCGCUGGUUGGGAGUGUACUAUUGUUCCUCAUCUCGACUGGAACACCCCCCAGAAACAUCUACGGAUUCGAGAUCUUGACUGGCGUCGGCUGCGGACUGACCUUCCAAGCUGCGUACGCCAUCGCCCUGAGCAAAUCGCCGCCGGAGAAGGCAACCUCGAUCCUGGGUUUCAUCAACGUGGCCCAACUCGGUGGUGGGGCUUUGGCGCUGGCGAUAGCAGGGACAAUCUUCCAGAAUGUUGGAUUUGACAACCUGCAGACGGCUCUCGGUGGCAGGGGAUAUUCCACUGGGGAGAUUCGUGAAGCUCUGGGCGGUGGAUACUCGGCUAUCCUGAACGGUGGCCCUCUCGAGGUGCGUGCCAUCGCGUCAGAUGCGAUCGGAAAUACCAUUGCCAGCGUCUUUGGCAUCUCAGUCGGAGGAGGUGCUGCGGUCCUGGGCGCCGGACUUUUGAUGCGGUGGGAGAGGGUGAAGUUGUCAUAG